ACCUUGGGGCCGGGCCCUGAAAGCCCUCGGGCGAGCUCGGCUGGGGUCGUGUCUUUUCUCCCGGGGUCAGCGUUCUUCGGGCGGGGUCCGCCCCUCCGUCCUCACCCUGCAGUGCCCGGUCCUGGGUCCCGUGCCAGUCCCCAGGGUACCCAGUGGCAGGAGAGUCUGGUCUGGAUGGCGUCAAAUCAAAUACAUCUUCACCUGUCAUGCGCGUUCAGCUGUUUCAUGUAAAAUCCUGUCCUGGGCUCUUGGGUCACUCGUUACAAGAAACAUUUUGUUGUAUGGAGUUGAUGGAAUAUACAAUAUUAUAUAUUACACCUGCAACUCAGUUUUAGAAGUUUUACCAGAUCUGAUUUUGGUCUUACACGCCCCCUCCUAAAAAUUUUGCACAGGUGCUCGGUUAAAAUUUUUAUUUGACGAUGCUUCUCAAACUAGUGGGUGUCAGCGUCACCUGUAGGGUUUGUUAAAAAGAGAUUCCUGCUCCACCCACAGAGUUUCUGAUUUGUGGGUGACCCACGACUAGCUUCCAAACAAGCCCCCAGGCCAUGCGUAGCCUGUGGCCCCCUUGUAGGGACUGCAUUUCAACUAGGUGGUUUCACAAAGGGGUGCUCCCUAGAGACAAGUAAAUUUUAACAAUUCGUAGUCCUCAUGAAUGCCCAUUUUGCAGAUGAGGAAACAGGUGUGGAGAGGUUCAGUAGUUUGCCCAAGGUCACUUAGCCGCCAGUUGAGUAGCCUGUGGGUACCUGGAGCCUCCUGCUGGGUGUCCCCACUGGUCUUGUCACAGUGACUUUAGGGAGCAAGUGAACUGUAGACAUCUGCUCCUUUGGCUCUGAGUGUGGAAUGACCACCAGCAGUCGCUCCCCAGGAUCCUUUGAUCCCCCAGGUGUCCGGGCAGUGGUGACAGCAGGGGAGGCGGUGAUGGGAGCAUAGUCUGCUUACACCAAGAAUUGCCAAGGCAUAGGCGGCGAUGAGAGCAGCUCUACAUGAGGGACUCCAGGAUGUCCAUGAGGAGCCCUGGCUCUGCCCAGCUGGCCCUGGAUGGCGUUGGCACCAUGGUGAACUGCACCGUCAAGUCAGAAGGGAAGAGGGAGCUCUGCCACGAGGCCCUCCAGGCCUCAGCCGCCGCCGCUGAACCCCAGCCGGGAGACCCAGCCCGGGCUCCCCAGGAUGGUGCUGACUCCCAAGCUCCAGCCCAGGACUGCAGCUCCCCGGAGAGCGUUGGGUGUCUGGAACCCAAGAGACCGGGAGGUUCUGAGGCUGCUUCUGGAAGCCAGGAGAAGCUGGACUUCAACCAAAAUUUAAAAGAAGUCGUGCCAGCCAUCGAGAAGCUGCUGUCCAGUGACUGGAAGGAGAGGUUUCUGGGAAGGAGCUCUGUGGAAACCAAAGAUGUGAAAGGGACCCAGGAGAGCCUGGCAGAGAAAGAGCUCCAGCUCCUGGUCAUGAUCCACCAGCUGUCUACCCUGAGGGACCAGCUCCUGACGGCCCAUUCAGAGCAGAAGAACAUGGCUGCCAUGCUGUUCGAGAAGCAGCAGCAGCAGAUGGAGCUGGCCCGGCAGCAGCAGGAGCAGAUCGCCAAGCAGCAGCAGCAGCUGAUUCAGCAACAACAUAAGAUCAACCUCCUCCAGCAACAGAUCCAGCAGGUCAACAUGCCUUACGUCAUGAUCCCGGCCUUCCCCCCAAGUCACCAACCUCUACCUGUCACCCCCGAUUCCCAGCUGGCCUUGCCCAUACAGCCCAUCCCCUGCAAACCAGCGGAGUACCCCCUGCAGUUGCUACACAGCCCCCCCGCCCCGGUGGUGAAGAGGCCCGGGGCCGUGGCUGCCCAUCACCCCCUGCAGGAGCCCUCCCAGCCCCUGAACCUCACAGCCAAGCCCAAGGCCCCCGAGCUGCCCAAUGCUUCCAGCUCCCCCAGCCUGAAGAUGAACUGUGGACCCCGCCCCCCCAGCCAUGGGGCCCCCACACGGGACCUACAGUCCAGCCCGCCCAGUCUGCCAUUGGGCUUCCUUGGUGAAGGGGACGCUGUCACCAAAGCCAUUCAGGAUGCUCGACAGCUGCUGCAUGGCCACAGUGGGACCUUAGAGAGCUCCCCCAAUACCCCCUUCCGCAAGGACCUCAUCAGCCUGGACACGUCCCCGGCUAAGGAGCGGCUGGAGGAGAGUUGUGUGCACCCCCUCGAAGAAGCCAUGUUGGGCUGCGACAUGGAUGGCUCCCGCCACUUUCCUGAGUCCCGGAACAGCAGCCACAUCAAGAGGCCCAUGAAUGCCUUCAUGGUGUGGGCCAAAGAUGAGCGAAGGAAGAUCCUCCAAGCCUUCCCGGACAUGCACAACUCCAGCAUCAGCAAGAUCCUUGGCUCCCGCUGGAAGUCCAUGAGCAACCAGGAGAAGCAGCCCUACUACGAGGAGCAGGCGAGGCUGAGCCGGCAGCACCUGGAAAAGUACCCGGACUAUAAGUACAAGCCUCGGCCCAAGCGCACCUGCAUCGUGGAGGGCAAGCGGCUGCGGGUGGGCGAAUACAAAGCCCUGAUGAGGACCCGGCGCCAGGACGCCCGCCAGAGCUACGUGACCCCCCCCCAGGCCGGCCAGCUGCAGAUGAGCUCCUCCGAUGUCCUGUACCCUCGGGUGGCAGGCGUGCCCCUGGCUCAACCCCUGGUGGAGCACUACGUGCCCCGGAGCCUGGACCCCAACAUGCCUGUCAUCGUCAACACUUGCAGCCUCAGGGAGGAGGGUGAGGCCGCGGAAGACAGGCACUCGGUGGCUGACGGCGAGAUAUACCGGUACAGCGAGGACGAGGACUCGGAGGGCGAGGAGAAGAGCGACGGGGAGCUGGUGGUGCUUACAGACUGAUCCCGGCCCCAAGCCGAUGGGCACAGCCAGCCGGCCUGGACUACGUUGGUACUUGGACAUGCCCGGGAGACGAGCACAGCUGUGCACGUGUAGAUAGCCUCCUGAGGGGAGAUGCCCCCCCACCUCCCCUGUGGCCGCACCCGAGGAGCUGCUGGCCGAGGUGGGCAGGACCUGUAGAGUGGCGAUGGGCCGAGCGCCAUGGCCCUUGGGGCUCGUGGCCAGCGGACACUGUGUGACCCUCCCUUCCUGCAGGUCUGUCACCCCAGGGGUAUGGCAGCUCCAGACCUGUCCCCCUGGGGCCACGCGCUUGGUUUCCAUUCUUGUCCUGGCUGGACCAGCCCCUGUAGGACCAACCCCCUCCCUCCCACGCCCCUCCUCACGCCCCCCCCCCCCCCCCCCCCCCCCCCCCCCGCCACCAGAUCGCUCCUCUAUCAUAGGAUCACUUUGUGCAGAAAGGUCUGGCUGUCCCUCGCUGUCUUUAUAUCUCCUGCCCAGCCUGUUGUGCCUCUGGCUGCUGGAAGUGUGUGUGCGUGUGUAUAUGUAGGUGUGUGCACAUGCUCGUGUGUGUAUUUCCAUCCGCUCAUUCAUUGCACAAGGUAUUUAUUGAGUGCCUGCUGUGUGCCAGGCACCGUUGCUGAGUUCCUGUGGGUGUCUCUCUCGAUGCCACCUCUUGCUUCUCUGGGGGCCUCUUCCUGUGCUUCAUUGUCCCCAAAUUGCUACCUCUUUGUCAGUCUGGGUGUCUCAGGUUCUGUGUGUCCUUGUGUUCCUGUCCUUGUUUCUCUGCAGGGCUGUUCUUCUGUCUCUGUCCCUUUCUUGGCCUCGGCCUCUGCCCCUUUUGACAUCGCUGGUCAGCCUGGGUUUCCGUAAGGCCCCUGGGCCCACCAGCCGCCCUGACCUCUCCUGACCGUCCCUUCACUCCCUCCCCGACUCUGCCCUAGGCUUGGUUCCCACAGAGCCAUUUUUAGCUUCGAGCAAUGUGGGAAUGUGUUCAGCCUUCAAGGGCCUCUGUCUUGGUGCCCCAGUCCCUGGUCCCAACCUGAGUGCCAGGAGUUGGGGACAGGAGGAUUGAUGGAGAGUAGGGCUCCCCCCGUGGCAGCUGGUGAGUAGGGAGUGGGAGGGGGGCUCCUCCUCCUUGGAAGGGGUCAGCGAGGGGAAGACUGCCUCUCCACCAGCCUUCUCCUCUCCCCUACUAACACUGGGGACCUUGCCUCAGCUCCUCCUGCUCACUUGGGACAGGUCAUUUCCCUAAGAAAAUCACAUCCCGCUGGCACCUGACUCCAAAGAUCCAGAACAGCCCUUGGAUCAGGGUGGGAAGGGAACCCCAAAUCCCACAGGGGCAGAUGUGGAUUCUGGGCCUGCCCCCCAUCUUCUCCCUGCCCCCCCUUCCCUCCAGCCCAACUUCUCUCCAGGCUGUUUUUUUUUAUGACUGUAAACAUAGAUAGUGCUUUAUUUUGUUAAUAAUAAGAUAAUGAUGAGUAACUUAACCAGCACAUUUCUCCUGUUUACACUUGGGGGAUUUUUUUUGUUUUCUGUUGGCAUAAUAAAGACAGACCAUUUCAGAA